AUGCUUGCAGGAUGGACCACACCGCCCCCGUCUCCGCAAUGGCCGGGGCCGGGAAAGCUGCCGGCGCCCGCGCCAGGGCCAGAAUGGCUGCCGAAGCUCGUGCCAGGGCCGGAAUCGCCGACGGCACUCGCGCCAGGGGCGGGAUCGCCACCAGCCUUCCCGCCAGGGCCGGGAUUGCUGCCGACCCUCGCGCGAGGGCCAGGAUCGUCCGUGCGACUCUUACCUACGCCCCCAACAUUACCGCCCAAUCCCAUCCGGGAGGAGCAGGCGAACUAUGCCGACUGGUUGCUCCCGGCAUGUCAAUCGGAGAUGAAGAGGCACGCGGAGGCAGCGGGCCACAAGGGAGCCUUUCGGUACGGUGAUGGGGUCGACGAGAUCAACACGUCGAUUUCGAGCGUGAAGAAGCCAGAAGCUGUAAAGCUGCUCCUGGCCCAGGACGCGUGGCGUGUAUCCAAAGGUCUCGACCCUGAUUGGAAGCAAGCUCCGCAGGGCACCCCGCAAGCGAAGAGGGUGGCGAAGGAAGCGAAGGCGAAGCUUGCUGCCGAGGAGGAAGAGCGCAGGAGGAGAUGCCGUUCCAGCGGGGAUGCGGCAAGGUUGUGCUUCAUCAUGUUCUCGGACGAGAUGUACGAGAAGGUCACCACCAGCGAACAGGCGCCCACGGAUCGAAACAAGCGCGACAACCAUGCCAUUGGGGUGAACGAUCCAGACGGGGUUUGGGAUGAGAUAGUUGACCACUUCGUAGACGAAAAUUUGAGGCUCGGUGGGGUACGCGCUGGCAACCCCAAAUCACACGACGGCAGCACUGCACCCGGAGUGCCUAAGAUGUGGGAGGCGCUUCAAUCGCUCGACUAUGACGAUCCAGCGAAAAAGUGGAGGGAAGAAUGGACGUUCAAGGAAGGGUCGCGGAAGGGAGAGCUGGACAAGGCUCGCGCCCGCGAGAAGGUGAAAGGCUGGUGGACGGACAUGCGUGCGGAGUUAGGGGACGCUAAGAAGAAGAAAGAGAAGAGUGGGAACAACGCUGAACACUACUGGUCCUUCUGUAACCAGAAGCUGUACGUCCUGCUCGUGAUGGACUGGUACGAGCUGAGGGGUGGCGACAGCGCGAACGAGCACUGCGCAAGGUACUUCAGCGUAAGGCUCAGCGAGGAGGAUGAGGAAGCUUUCAACACUCUGUCCAUGGAAGACGAGCAGUCGUCCAGCGAUUCGGAUGAACCGCCCGCUCCGAAGGGGAAGCCGCGAGCGCGGAAGGCGAGGGAGAAGAGGAAGGUCAAACCGGAAGAAACCUUGGUCCAACUUGUGGACGCAUUCAAGACCACAUCAAACAACAUUGCAGCGGCGAUGAACAAGAUUGCGGACAACGACGCCGAGAAUCCCGUGGGUAUGUUGAUUGCUGCCAGCGAUCGCCUUGAUGACUGUGACGAGAUGUUGAAAAAUGCGAAAGAAGAAGGAGCGUCCAAAAGAAAAAAUUGACAGGCUCACUCAAAACCUCGCAGUAGCGCAGGAGGAGUACGACAAAAUCUACAAAAAGACCAGGCCUGCUGCAGAGAAAGCGGCGGAGGAAGAGGAAGAAGAUGAGGAAGGGAGUGAAGUUUCGUAGCGAUUUGUCGUGAAGGCCCUUCGGACGAAUCAAACCCGACUUCUUCCAACGACGCAUGAAGAGGAUGUCUUGUCGUUUUGGGUUUGAUUCACACGGCAUAGGUUGGGUACAUGCAUUUUUCUGAGUAUGGCUAGUUUUUUUUCCGUUGUGUGCAGCACGAAGGUAGGGCACU